CUCUUUUAGGUGGAGCAGGGCAGCUACCAUAUAACGGUGCCCCUAUCAUCCCCGCUCGACUGGAUGCAGGAACCAAUCCAAUUGAACCACAGACUGCUGAACUCGGGCCUGAGGUGAAAUCUGGCCAUGCUUAUGGUGGACCGUACGGAGCACAACCAGCGGGAUUUGGAUCCGAGGGAAAGCCUCAAGUCAGAUAUGGUAUUGGUGGCCUUCUUUUUGGUGGUUCACCCAUGGGAUACAGCCCAUAUGGAAACUAUGGUAAUCCGUUCGCUGCACAACCUUAUGGAUCUAAAGCCGGAAACUACAAUCCACCAGAAUUUAACACCAAUCCCAAAUACAUGAUGGGAGGCUCUCCAUACAGUGCUAGUCCUAGUGAUCCUAAAGCCUCAGGGAAAUAUGGUCAGACUGAUGGACCCUACUCCCCGGAGUCCAUCAGUCUCGGUGCUGACGCUAAAUCAUCUGUGAAAUAUGGCAACCCAUCACUUCCCUUUGAGGCCCUUGGUCCAGUCACUGAUGGUCAGUCCAUCGAACAGCCUGUGCUGCAGUAUGAAGCUCCUUCUAUUGAUGGAGCGAAGUCUGUGGAUCAGUUUGGAGAAGGUGAAGUGCAGCCCCAGCCUAUUGCUCCUUUGGUAGAUGGAGCAGGACAAGGACCAGCAUCCUAUAUCAAGGGAGGAGUCAGAGCUGACGCUGUCUCUUUGCCUGCUGCCCCCACUGACGGCCCCUUUACCGGCUCUGCAACAUCUCUAGGAAACUCACCAGUAGACACGCCCACUGAAGUGGAGACACCGCAGCACAAUCUCGCUCAGCAGAAGCACAAAGGCCCCCAGCUGCCUCAAGCCUGGACAGGAGGCAAUGAGCAGAAACACAACCUGAAAGGAUUCUUUGGCAACGGAUAUCACGGUUGAUCCACAAGAAGACUGAACAAAUGUGUCUCCUGUUGUUGUUGAUGUUUUUAGUAAUUAUUGUAAAUUAAUCAUUGUCUGUUUUUUAAUUCUGAAUAUAUAUAUAUAUAUAUAUCUUUUUUUAUAUAAAGUUUUUUUAACAGUAGCCCUAAAUUGCCAAUAUAACUGUGCCUCCAUUGAACAGAGAGAUGAUUUGUGGCCCAUACAGUAUAGAAUUAAUAUAACAUAAAUGCUUUUAUGCUGUAUUGUUCGGUUCUUUUUCCAUUUCCUUGCAUGCAUUAUGUGUAUUUUUGUAAUUAAUCACAGGAUAAUUUAUUGAGUAUGGAUUACUUUCUGUUUUGAUGAGCUAUCUGACUUUUAUAAAAAUUCAGUUGUUAAUAAAAACACAGAACAAAGGAGGGAUACUGAAGACUGCUCUAUGUUAUAUCCAGUAAAUAUGUCAGUAUUUAUCAAUGCAACUGCAAAUUAAAAGAGACUAUAUACUGUA